CUUCUCACCGUUGUCUGUUGCCCAUCCGUCCAAGUGCCGAGCCCCCACCACAUCCACGAUGUAUUCCCUCAAGCCGAUUGCCUUGUUGAGCGUGCUGCUCCUCGCGGGCCUGACUAGCGCCGAGAAGAGGACCACGACGAUUGGAAUCGAGACGCUGGAGGGGAGCAAGCAGGUGCAGGUGCCGUUUAACGACUGUCAUCAUAUCGAGGAAGAUGAGGUCCGGUCGGUGUUUCUGUCGCGGGAGUGUCGCUUCUUCUCAGCCAUGGGCUGCACAGGACGCCAGACGCUGUUGAUGCCCGGCGAGCACUCGUCCUCGGAGCCCGUUCCCGUCAGCAGCGUGUAUUGCGAGGAUAAGGUGUUCUGAACGGAGGAAAGCGAGACCUGAAAAGGGGCAAUACCACCACCCAUCUGAUGUAUAAUAUGUACAACGCCGAACUAAU